UAUAGAAUAAAUUAUAUGGAUUGCUAUGAGGUGAUAGUGUGGUGCUCUCUCUUACUUUCUUCCUUCAUACCCAACAUCACUGCACUGAGCAGUAUCACUCCAAAUAAGCCCUUGCAUCGUAAUGAAACCCUGGUUUCAGCAUCUGGAACCUUUGAAGCAGGAUUCUUUAGCAUUGGAAGUUCUCAGAGAUAUUACUUUUGCAUAUGUUACAAGAAUAUAUCACCUAGAACAUUUGUAUGGGUGGCCAACAGAAACACCCCAUUGGAUAACUCCACUGGGGUUUUGAAAGUCAGUGAUUGGGGGAAUCUUGCUGUACUUGAUGGCACUGGUGCAAAUGUUUGGUCAUCCAAUGCAUCAACCACUGUUCAGAAGCCAACUGUGGAGCUCUUGGACUCUGGCAACCUUGUUGUGAAAGAUGGUGGUAGUAAUGCCCCAGAAAAGAUUUUGUGGCAAAGCUUUGAUUAUCCUGGUGACACUUUACUUCCUGGAAUGAAACUCAGAAGCAGUUUUGUGACAGGUGCACUUAGUUCUCUGACAUCAUGGAGGAACACGGAAGAUCCUGCUGUGGGGGAAUUUUCAUUGUAUAUUGAUCCUCAUGGUUUUCCUCAGAGAGUGACUACAAAGGGAGGGACUUGGUUGUACAGAGCAGGUUCGUGGAAUGGUUAUCAAUUCUCAGGAGUUCCUUGGAAACUGUUGCCCAAUUUCUUCAAUUACUAUUUUGUGUUAACCAAGGAGGAAGUGUAUUAUGAGUAUGAACUCUUGGAACGUUCUGUUGUUACAAGGUUUGUGAUCAACCAAGCAGGUAGCGAUCAACGUUUCACAUGGUCAGAGAGAACAAAGAGUUGGGAGCUUUUUGCCUCUGGCCCCAGGGAACAGUGUGAAAACUAUGCCUUGUGUGGUGUAAAUUCUGUUUGCAAUGUAAAUAGCUACCCCAUAUGUGAAUGCUUGGAUGGUUUUAUCCCUAAGUUCACAGAAAAGUGGAGAUCAUUGGAUUGGUCUGGUGGGUGUGUUCGGAGAAUGAGUCUGAGUUGUGACAAUGAAGAUGGUUUUGUUAAGUACGAGGGAAUGAGAUUGCCAGACACAUCUUCCUCCUGGUAUGACGCAAGAAUGAGUCUUGAUGAAUGUGAGAGGGUGUGCUUGCAAAACUGCUCUUGCACAGCAUACACAAACUUAGAUGUCAGAGGUGGUGGGAGUGGCUGCCUUCUUUGGUUUGGUAACAUUGUGGAUAUGGGAAAACAUCUCUCCCAAGGACAAGAGAUUUACAUACGAAUGGCUGCUUCAGAUAUAGAGAACACUUGGCAUAAAAGGCACAUUAACAAGAAGCUUGUGGUGGUUUUGGCAGCACUUGUUGCGUUCAUUAUAGUCAUAACAUUAGGAUCAGUUCUAUACAUACGGAGAAAACUUGAGAAACAAGGAAAGACAAAUAUAGUGGACCAGAUGCCUAACACUAUAAAACAUGGGAAGAAAGACAUUGACUUACCAACCCUUGAUUUAUCAACCAUUGAUAAUGCCACUCGUAAUUUCUCUGUCAAUAACAUAUUGGGAGAAGGUGGAUUUGGACCAGUUUACAAGGGUGUUCUGGCAAAUGGACAAGAAAUAGCUGUUAAGAGACUUUCCAAAAAUUCUGGACAAGGAUUAGAUGAAUUCAGAAAUGAAGUGGUGUUGAUUGCCAAUCUUCAGCACCGGAAUCUUGUAAAGAUUCUAGGAUGUUGUGUUCAAGAGGAGGAGAGAAUCUUAAUCUAUGAAUUCAUGCCUAACAGGAGCUUGGAUCUUUACAUUUUUGAUAACACAAGAAAGAAAUUAUUGGAUUGGAGCAAACGCUUCCAAAUUAUAAGUGGCAUAGCUAAAGGUCUUCUAUAUCUUCAUCAUGAUUCUAGACUAAGGAUCAUUCACAGAGAUAUCAAAGCAAGCAAUAUUCUUCUUGAUAAUAAUAUGAAUCCAAAGAUAUCAGACUUUGGACUAGCAAGAAUGCUUGUUGGUGAUCACACUAAAGCCAAUACAAAAAGGGUUGUAGGAACUCAUGGUUACAUGCCUCCUGAAUAUGCAGUGUAUGGAUAUUUUUCAGUGAAAUCAGAUGUCUUCAGCUUUGGUGUUAUUGUGCUAGAGAUUGUUAGUGGGAGGAAGAACACAAAAUUUCUUGAUCCACUGAACCAACUUAACCUUAUAGGGCAUGCUUGGAGAUUGUGGAGUGAAGGGAGGCCUUUGGAGCUGGUUGAUGAAUCACUAGGUGAUUCAGUCAUUGAAAGUGAAGUGUUGAAAAUUGUUCAUGUGGGGCUCUUGUGCGUGCAAGAAAGACCAGAGGAUAGGCCCAACAUGUCAAGUGUGGUUCUGAUGCUGAAUGGUGAGAGCCCAUUGCCCAAGCCCAAGCAGCCUGCAUUUUAUCCACACCAUGAAGAUUUUUCUUCAUCCACCAAGUGUGAAUUCAGCUCAAAUGAUAUGUCCAUCAGUUUAGAGGCAAGAUAUUGGAUUAAAGUAAUAAUGAGAAUAAUGGUGUUAUUAGUGAUGAUGGAAAGCUUAAAGGCAAUGGUUUUGUGGUCUCUUGUGUUGCAUUUCAUACCAGGUUUGAGCACCCUUGAAACCAUUGGUCCUGGCCAAUCAGUGAAGGAUAAUGAGACUCUAGUUUCAGCAGAUUGGACUUUUGAAGCAGGGUUCUUCAACUUUGGGGAUCAAAGUAGUCAAUACUUUGGUAUAUGGUACAAGGAUAUUUCUCCAAGAACAGUUGUGUGGAUAGCCAAUAGAGAUACUCCAGUUCAAAACUCCUCAGGAGUUUUGAAUGUAACUCAUGUGGGAAAUCUUUUCAUUUUGAAUGGUUCAGGGGCCAUAUUCUGGUCUUCCAAUACAUCAACAGCUGCAAAGAAUCCUGUUGUGCAGCUUUUGGAGACUGGAAAUCUUGUUGUGAGAGAAGAAAGCAACCCAGAGAAUCUUCUAUGGCAGAGUUUUGAUCUUCCUGGGGACACUUUGUUGCCAGGGAUGCGACUUCGAAGUAGCAUGGGAAAUGGCAGUUUUACAUCUCUGACAUCUUGGAGAGACACAGAAGAUCCUGGUAGAGGUGUGUAUUCAUAUCACAUAGAUGCUCGUGGUUUUCCUCAAGUGGUGAUUAUGAAGGGAGGGGCAUUGUUGUAUAGGCCAGGUUCAUGGAAUGGCAAUAUUUUAUCUGGAAUUCCUUCUGCAACAUUGUACAAAAACUUUAAUUUCUCUUUUGUUAUAACUGAGAAGGAAGUCUCUUAUGGAUAUGAACUACUGAACAAGUCAAUUGUUUCGAGGUACAUGAUCACGUUAACAGGUCAAAUACAACGUUUUGUUUUGUCUGAUUUGACAAAUAGUUGGCAGCUUUUCUACUCAGGCCCCGCAGACCAGUGUGAUAAUUAUGCCGUUUGUGGGGUGAAUUCUAAUUGUGAUGUAAAUAGCUCUCAAACGUGUGAGUGCCUUCAGGGUUUCAUUCCCAGAUCCGAAGAAAAAUGGAAUGCACAAAACUGGUCAGAUGGGUGUGUUAGGAGAGUUAAUUUAGAUUGUGGCAACAGUGAUGGCUUUCAGAAGUAUCAGGGAACGAAGUUGCCGGACACAUCAACCUCAUGGUUUGACAGAAGCAUGAACCUUGAGGAAUGUAAGAAUUUCUGUCUGGAAAACUGCUCCUGCACAGCAUAUGCAAAUUUAGAUAUCAGAAAUGGUGGAAGUGGAUGCUUGCUUUGGUUUAAUAACAUUGUGGACGUGAGAAAACUAACCACCGGAGGACAAGAUCUUUUCAUAAGAGUGUCAGCUUCAGAUCUAGGUCAUGAAAAAGGCUUACGCAAGAAGCAGCUUGCAGGAGUUCUUGCAGGUUCUGCAGUGUUUAUUGUGGUCAUGAUAUUAUUGGCAGUGGCCAUACUUCGGAGAAAAAGGCUUGAGAAGUCAGGAAACAACAAAAGUGUUAGCUGGAAAAAUCACUCUGUUAAGACACAGAAGGAAGACAUUGACAUUCCAAUAUUUAAGUUUUCAACCAUAGCUAAAGCAACUAAUGACUUUUGCGUUACUAACAUAUUGGGAGAAGGUGGAUUUGGACCAGUUUACAAGGGUACUUUGGCAAAUGGCCAAGAUAUAGCUGUGAAGCGGCUUUGCAAUAAUUCAGGACAAGGACCGAAAGAGUUCAUAAACGAAGUUGUGCUAAUUGCUAAUCUUCAGCACCGAAACCUUGUGAAGCUUCUUGGGUGUUGCAUUCAAGACGAUGAGAGGAUCUUGAUAUAUGAAUUCAUGACUAACAAAAGCUUGAACUACUUUAUUUUUGAUGAAGCUAGAAAAGGUUUGCUAGAUUGGGCUCAGCGCUUCCAAAUUAUUCGUGGGAUUGCCAGAGGGCUUCUCUAUCUUCAUGAAGAUUCUAGAUUAAGAAUUAUCCACAGAGAUCUCAAGACCAGCAAUAUUCUUCUAGAUGAAAACAUGAAUCCAAAAAUAUCAGACUUUGGUCUCGCUACAUCAUUUGGAGGAGAUGAAGUUGAAGGCCAAACAAAGAGAAUAGUGGGAACUUAUGGUUAUAUUUCUCCAGAAUAUGCAGCCCGUGGGAAUUUCUCAGUGAAAUCUGAUGUCUACAGUUUUGGUGUUAUAUUACUGGAGAUAGUUUGUGGAAAAAAGAAUAGGGAAUAUUCUGACGAUCAUGACCUUCUUGGACAUGCAUGGAGACUUUGGUGUGAAGAAAAACCAAUGGAGUUGAUAGAUGAAUCACUAGGCGAAUCAGUAGCUCUAGCCGAAGCUGAUGUAUUGAGAUGUAUUCACAUUGGGCUUCUAUGUGUACAAGACAGAGCAGAGGAUAGACCAGAAAUGUCAUUAAUAGUUCUUAUGCUGAAUGGUGAGAAACCAUUGCCCAGGCCAAGGGAACCUGCUUUUUAUCCCCAUCAAUCUGGCUCUUCAUCAGGAAAUAGUAAACUGCAAUCAAACAAUGAGAUUUCUAUUUCAUUGUUGGAGGCAAGAUAGUUUAUUUAUAUAUAUGAAGUUAUAGAAUUCAAUGUAAAUGAGGCAACAUUAGUCAACAUAAGAUAUAUGCUACAGUUUCACCAGAUGAAAUACA